ACAUCAGGAGGAAGAAGCCAUGACAGUGGGAGAGGCUUUUCUCUCAGCUUUUCUUCAAGUUCUAUUUGACAGGUUGGCUUCUCGUGAGUUCGUGGAGCUGCUACGUGGCCGGAAACUGGAUGAGGUGCUGGAGAAGUUGAAGAUAACUCUGCUGAUCAUCACUGCUGUGCUGAAUGAUGCUGAGGAGAAGCAGUUCAGCAGCCCAGCUGUGGAGAAGUGGCUGCACAUGGCCAAAGAUGCUCUGUAUGAUGCAGAGGACGUAUUGGAUGAGCUGGCUACCGAUGCUUUGCAGUCUAAGCUGGAAGGUGAAUCUCAGAACGGAAAGAAUCCGGUACGCAAUAGGAGUUUCAUUCCCACCUCUGUUAAUCUGUUCAAGGAAGGAAUAGAAUCAAAGAUAAAGAAGAUAAUUGACAAGUUAGAAAGUAUUUCCAAACAAAAGGAUGUCCUCGGCUUGAAGGAUAAUGUUGCAGGGAGUUUAUCAGAAAUCAAACACCGAUUACCAACAACUUCACUGGUGGAAAAAUCUUGUGUCUAUGGCAGGGAUGACGAUGAGAAGCUGAUAAUUGAAGGGCUACUAAGAGAUGAACCCAGCAACGCUAAAGUUGGGGUAGUUCCCAUAGUUGGUAUGGGCGGGAUAGGGAAGACAAUCCUGGCUCAACUUUUGUACAACAAUGGCAGAGUGGAGGAGCAUUUUGCUUUAAGAAUCUGGGUUUGUGUUACUGAUCAGUUUGAUGUGAUGAGGAUAACAAAAACAUUGGUCGAGUCAAUCACUUCGAAAACUCCUGAGGUCAAUGACUUAAACUUGCUUCAAGUUAGCCUGAGAGAUAAAGUGGUUGGGCAUCGGUUUUUGCUUGUUUUGGAUGAUGUUUGGAGCAAGAGAAAUAAGGGCUGGGAUUUGCUCUUGAAUCCUUUAAGAGCAGGAGCACCAGGAAGUAAGAUUAUAGUAACAACACGCAAUGCAGAUGUUGCAUCAAGCAUAGGCACAGUUCCAGCUCAUCAUCUGAAAGGUCUAUCAUUUGAAGAUUGUUGGUCAUUGUUCAAGAGUCAAGCAUUUGAAGAUAGGAACAUUGAUGCUCACCCCAAUUUGGAAGUGAUUGGUAGGGAGAUAGUGAAAAAAUGUGAUGGUUUGCCACUGGCAGCAAAGCGGUUGGGGGUCCUUUUGCGCACGAGAGUAGAAGAACAUGAAUGGAGGGAUAUUUUGAAUAAAAAGAUAUGGGAUUUACCAGAUGAUGAAAGGGAAAUCCUUCAGACUCUAAGAUUGAGCUAUGAUCAUCUUCCUGCACAUUUGAAGCAGUGCUUUGCCUACUGCGCGAUAUUCCCAAAAGACUACGAAUUCAAGAAGGACUCGCUAGUUCUAUUAUGGAUAGCAGAAGGUUUUGUGCAACAACCAAAAGGGAAUAAAAGAUUGGAAGAGGCAGGGGGUGAAUAUUUUCAGGAUCUAGUAUCAAGGUCAUUCUUUCAGCAAUCCUCUAAUGAUAAAUCAUGUUUUGUAAUGCAUGACCUCAUGAAAGACUUAGCUCAAUUUGUUUCACGAGAUAUAUGUUUCAGAUUGGAGGAUAUGCUGAAAGAUGGAAAUCCAUGUAAAGUCUUUGAAAAGGCCCGCCAUUCCUCUUACAUUCGUGGAAAACGCGAUGUUCUCACUAAAUUUGAGGCCUUCAAUGGACUCGAGUGCUUACGGUCCUUCCUACCACUGGAUCCAAUGGGCAAAACUGGAGUCAGCUAUUUGGCCAAUAAGGUUCCUAGCGAUCUCUUGCCAAAGUUGAGAUGUUUACGGGUUCUAUCUUUCAAUGGUUAUCGCAUCACUGAAUUGCCGGAUUCAAUUGGCAACUUGAGACAUUUAAGGUACUUGGACCUUUCUCACACUGCAAUUAAGUACUUGCCUGAAUCAGCAAGUACUCUCUACAAUUUACAAGCAUUAAUCUUGUUACAGUGUCACUCUCUCAGUAUGUUACCUACAAACAUGGGUAACCUAACAAACCUACGGCAUCUAUGCAUUAGUGAAACCAGAUUAAAAAUGAUGCCACUGCAAAUGCAUAGAUUGACAAGUCUACAAACUCUCUCUCAUUUUGUGGUGGGCAAAAAUGGUGGGUCGGGAAUAGGAGACCUGAGGAACAUGUCGCAUCUUCAGGGAAAGCUUCUCAUGACAGGGCUGCAGAAUGUGGCUAGUUUUUGGGAUGCAGCAGAGGCUAAAUUAAAGGACAAAAAUGAAAUUGAUGAGCUGGUGUUCCAAUGGAGUAACAAUUUUGAUGAUCUAACAAAUGAUAGGGUUGAAGAGGAAGUAUUUGACAAGAUCAAUGUUAGAGGCCAUAGGGUGACCAGAUUUCCAAGUUUUAGGGAAGUCAUGCAGGCAUAUGAGCAGGAACAUGAUGAAACACCAUCAGAACAGAGUGGUAAUUUAGAUGAUUCCAGACAUGGAAGAGUUGACACUGACGUACUUGAGAUGCUGCAACCUCAUAACAACAUAAAACAACUUGUGAUCAAAGACUACAGAGGAACAAGAUUUCCAGGCUGGAUAGGAAAUGCUUCCUACUCCAAUAUAAUACGUUUAAAACUCAGCAACUGUAAAAAGUGUAAGUGUUUACCAUCACUUGGGCAGCUACCGUCACUCAAAUACCUGACUAUCAAAGGAAUGGAAGGAAUCAAGAUGGUGGGCACCGAGUUCUACAAGGAUGGAUGUUCUUCUGUUGUGCCAUUUCCAUCAUUGGAGACUUUGAAGUUUGAGAACAUGUUGGAGUGGGAGGUAUGGUCUUCCUCUGGACUUGAAGACCAGGAAGACUUCCAUCACCUGCAAAAGAUUGAAAUCAAGGAUUGUCCCAAGCUUAAAAAAUUCUCACAUCAUUUCCCUUCCUUGGAAAAAAUGAGCAUUUUGCAGUGUCAACAGUUGGAAACACUUUUAACAGUUCCAACACUUGAUGAUAGCACAGAACAAGGUGGAUACUUCCCUUGCCUCCUAGAGCUUUCUAUAAGAGCAUGUCCCAAUCUGAGGGAAUUACCCAACCUCUUUCCGUCCUUAGCGAUACUUGAUAUAGAUGGAUGCCUAGAAUUGGCAGCACUUCCAAGGCUUCCUUUGAUCCGUGAACUAGAAUUAAUGAAAUGUGAUGAAGGGGUGUUACAAAGUGUAGCGAAAUUCACAUCGCUUACCUAUUUGCAUCUGAGUCAUAUUUCUGAGAUCGAGUUUCUACCUGAAGGGUUCUUCCACCACUUGACAGCACUCGAAGAAUUGCAGAUUUCUCAUUUCUGCAGGUUCACAACCCUGUCCAAUGAGAUUGGAUUGCAAAACCUUCCUUACCUAAAACGUUUGAAAAUUUCAGGCUGUCCAUGUUUAGAGGAGUUGCCACAAAACUUGCACAGUCUUGUAUCUCUGAUAGAGUUGAAGGUCUGGAAGUGCCCCCGUCUUGUAUCCUUCCCAGAGUCAGGCUUUCCUUCUAUGCUUAGAAUUCUUGAGAUUAAGGAUUGUGAGCCUCUGGAGAGCCUACCUGAGUGGAUAAUGCAUAACAACGAUGGCAACAACAAGAACACCAUGUCUCAUCUCCUUGAAUACUUUGUGAUUGAAGGCUGUUCUACCCUUAAAUGCUUACCAAGAGGCAAGCUUCCCAGCACACUCAAAAAACUUGAAAUCCAGAACUGUAUGAAUCUGGAUUCCCUUCCUGAGGACAUGACUUCUGUUCAAUUUUUGAAGAUUUCAGCCUGUUCAAUUGUGUCCUUUCCAAAAGGUGGAUUACAUACAGUUCCAUCCUCCAAUUUCAUGAAGCUUAAGCAACUGAUUAUCAACAAGUGUAUGAAGCUUGAAUCCCUACCUGAAGGUCUACAUAACCUCAUGUAUCUUGAGCACUUGGAAAUAGCAGAAUGCCCGCUACUGUUCUCUUUCCCAGGACCUGGGUUGCCCACAACCAAGCUACGGACACUUAAAAUCUCCAAUUGCAUCAAUUUCAAGUCCCUACCAAAUCGGAUUUACAACCUCACAUCUCUUCAAGAGCUAUGCAUAGAUGGGUGCUCUAGUCUUGUAUCACUUCCAGAGGGGGGAUUACCCAACAGUCUAAUAUUACUUUCUAUCUUAGAUUGCAAGAAUCUCAAGCCCUCCUAUGACUGGGGACUGCACAGGCUCACAUCUCUCAACCACUUCUCCUUUGGAGGAUGUCCAGAUUUAAUGUCACUUCCAGAGGAGUGGCUGCUGCCUACCACCAUAUCCUCUGUUCACCUUCAAUGGCUGCCAAGACUGAAGUCCCUACCCAGGGGCCUGCAGAAACUUAAAUCUUCAGAAAAACUAGAGAUAUGGGAAUGUGGCAACCUCUUAACCUUGCCGGAGGAGGGACAAUCCAAGAUGCAGUGGAAUCUUCAAUUUUGGGAUGUCUAGCAUACAAUUAGCAAGGCAAGAAUUUCAUCUUGUGCCCAAAUCAAUAAUUUUCUCAGAGACACUCUUUCUUGCAGUGCCAACAACUCCCAUUGUUUCCAAAAGAGUGGCUGCCAGCUGUGCUUUCUCAUCUUUGCAACCAUCCAUUAAUCUGCAUAAUCCACACACGAAGGCUGGUUGGAGAGGAGCAAGCUUUCUGUCUGCAGUUCCUCCAAGGAGAUUGGGGUGUCAAUUUGCUAUCCAGCAAGCAGUGGGCUGCCUUAUUCAUCUGGAGGCCUUUUGGUGGAUGGUCAGUGAGUUCCUUCUACUUGGAUUCAGGUGUGGUGGAGGCAGCAAGUCGCUGACACCCCAAAGAAGAGGAGGACGAGGGGGAGUUGAUACAAAGACCAGGAACUUAGGAAGCUGGCAUAUUCAGUGAACUAUGAAGGGAAGGGUAGGGGUAACAAGGUGGAUGUUCGUGUGGCUGGUUGGUCUCAAGCUCCUUUUGAAGAAAGUAGCUCAGAAUUGUUUCCUAGAACAUUUGACAGUUGAAUGAUGCAGAUGAAAGGAAAGUAGUGGACUCCAUUUUGAGAUCUCAUAGAGCUGAUCUGGUCUGUUUGCAAUAGAAUAUCCCUUUGGUCGGUGAUGCUUACACAUGAUGUGGAGGCUUAGAGAGAAUCAAUAUUCAGUGUUACCAAGAGGGGAAGUUAUUCUUUUCGAUUUGAAAAGAAUAUAGCUUAAAGUAGGUCAUUUCAGUGACCUGGUCAAAGCUUGGUAGGAUUAAGGGGCUCCCCUGGUUUCACCUUAGCAAGGAUGACUUUAAAACUUGGAACAAAGGGUUCUUGGCAACAUGUAAAUUGGGAAAUCAUGUGCUCUUGUGCAUGUUGGUUUCUUGAAUUUGACGGAAAAGUAGGGCUCUCUAUCUAAUGAAAAGCUGCUAGCUAAAGGCAUGCAAUCAGUUAGCAGUAUUGGGAGAGAUGUCAUGGAGGAUGAAGUCAGCUUCAUGGCUCCAAGAAAGGGACAGGAACACAGAAUUCUUCCAUAGAUUGUUUAAUGCCAUAGAAGCAGAAACAUCAUUAGUGGCUUAAAGAUAAAAAAGAUUUGGCUUUUGGUGCUCUUUGUAUACUUCAUCUAUACUGUAAUUGUACCCCACCUUUUUUGUUUGCCCAUCCAAAAAGUAUAUCAUGAAUCUAUUUAGGUUUCCAGCUCA